AUACUUCCUAAGGUCGCUGUCCCGCGAUCGGUUCAAAGGAAAACAGGCAAUAACAAUAAAAUGACACGUGCGAGCAUGCAAAUGAAUCAAAACCAAAGGAAACCACCACCGCACUGGAAGCUCUCCGAUGAUGAUGGUGGUGGUGGGGCAAUCAGUCAAUCCCAUGGCCUCCUGUUGCCAGUCCUCCGGCGCGGACAGCCCAGAGCCCAGCAGUUAAGAGAGAAACAAGAGAAGAAGCAAAUCUUCUGGGGUCGCUCUCCUGGACCGGUUCCGCUGACCCUUUUACCAAGCCAGCCUCCCAGAGAAAAGAGCACGAAAAAUGCCUGUGCAGCCGUGCCUGGCAGGCGAGCACGAAGUGCCUUAGCUGGACCAAUUGUUGUGGAGCCAUAUGUCACAGCAGUAUGGGGAAAGAAUGUUUCAUUGAAGUGUCUAAUUGAAGUAAAUGAGACUAUAGCACAAAUUUCUUGGGAGAAGAUACAUGGCAAAAGUUCACAAACUGUUGCAGUUCAUCAUCCUCAAUAUGGAUUCUCUGUUCAAGGAGAGUACCAGGGAAGGGUCUUGUUUAAAAAUUAUUCACUUAAUGAUGCAACAAUUACUCUACAUAACAUAGGAUUUUCUGAUUCUGGAAAAUACAUAUGCAAAGCUGUUACUUUCCCACUUGGAAAUGCGCAGUCUUCCACAAUUGUAACUGUAUUAGUUGAACCCACUGUGAGCCUGAUAAAAGGACCGGAUUCCUUAAUUGAUGGAGGAAAUGAAACGGUUGCAGCCAUUUGCAUCGCAGCUACCGGAAAACCAGUUGCGCAAAUUGACUGGGAAGUCGAUAUUGGUGUAAUGGAAUCCACUACUACUACAUUUCCAAAUGAAACAACAACAAUUGUCAGCCAGUACAAGGUGUUGCCAACCAGAUUUGCAAGAGGGAGACGAAUCACUUGUAUUGUCAAACAUCCAGCUCUGGAAAAGGACAUCCGAUAUUCUCUUAUACUAGACAUACAAUAUGCUCCUGAAGUCUCAGUAACAGGCUAUGAUGGAAAUUGGUUUGUAGGAAGAAAAGGUGUUAAUCUCAAGUGUAAUGCUGAUGCAAAUCCACCACCCUUCAAAUCUGUAUGGAGCAGGUCAGAUGGACAAUGGCCCGAUGGUUUAUUGGCUUCAGACAAUACUCUUCAUUUUGUCUAUCCACUGACUUUCAAUUAUUCUGGUAUUUAUGUCUGUAAAGUGACUAAUUCCCUUGGUCAAAGAAGUCAUCAAAAGGUCAUCUACAUAUCAGAUGUUCCAUCUAAGCAGACUUCUUCCAUAGCAGUAGCUGGAGCUAUAAUUGGAGCUAUCCUCGCCCUUUUCAUCAUUGCUGUCUUUGUGACUGUGCUGCUCAUUCCUCGAAAAAAGAGACCAUCCUAUCUUGACAAAGUGAUUGAUCUCCCACCCACACAUAAACCACCACCAGUGUAUGAAGACCAGUCCCCUCCAUUGGCUCAAAAAGACGGGCUAUACCAGACCGAACACUUGCCUUUGGAGACUCAGUUCAAAGAAAGAGAGGUUGGCAGUCUUCAGCACUCUAAUGGCCUACAUAGCAGAAGAUUUGACUAUGAAGAUGAGAAUCCAGUGGGGGAAGAUGGGAUUCAGCAGAUGUAUCCCCUGUAUAAUCAGAUGUGCUACCAAGACCAGAGCCCUGGCAAACAUCACCCAGACAACGACCCUGAGCCCAUCUACAUCAAUCCACGAGAGCAUUAUGUGUGAUUUUCCACUUUUUCCAAUGAGUUGUCUAACAAAUGUUUAUUCUUAGGUUAGGGAGAGAAGCUGAAGCCGACAGUUAUUAUUUUAUUCUCUCUCAUAUAAAACAAUCACAGUCUAAGUGUAUCGGAAGUCCUAGUGAAUUGAAUGACUUGGAGCUGAUAGCAGACACCCCCCCCCCCUUUAUUAAGAGUUCCUUUACCACCAGCUGUGUCUGUGAACUUGAAUGUAGCUUUGUGUGUUUCUGUGAGGUUGGUGUUUAACUACUAACAGUUGGCCUACAAUGGCAUGCUCAUUUAAAAGUAGAGCAUCUGCCUGUGAUGAUAGCAAUGGGUCUCCAGGAAGAAAGGCCCCAGCUGGGAGUGUUUACCUCGCUAGGUCUCAGGCAGACCAGCCUAUUCAUCUGUAACUCAAACAGGCAGAAAAGGGAGAUCAAAAUCCUCUUCAGUAAUUAUUUAGUUGGGAUUUAGUUUUCCCUGGCAAACAGUACAAUUACAAUAUUGUAAUUACAAUUACAAAAGACCUGAGGAAAGAGAAAAGUUUGUUUAAUAUGCAAUCAACAACCACAACAAAAGGCAGUUUAACUAGCCUUUCAAGCAUGCUGCUUGCUUUCACACUUGUGUGAUGCUCUAAUAUAUGUUCCUUCUGGAACACUUAAGGUCUUGAGGGAUGCAUAUCCUUGCUAUUAUCUGCAUAGACUAGAUUAGCUUUGAGCUAACUAACGUGCAUUCUUCUUUUGCUCUGUCAUUGUCCCCACAAUUCUGCUCUUUUCUAGCAAUCAGUAGAUUGACCUGUUUCCCAUGCCGUCUAAACUGUGGAUACCCUUGAGCCCUGUACCUCUUUUUAUAGUUUUGUACAUGACAAGUUCAGCUUUCCUGACUGAGAUUUCUUUUCAGAAUAAUCUUAUAUACAUAACUUUAGCUAUCCUCUGUAUUUUCUGACUUCAUACUCUCUGAGCUUUAUCUACCUCAAAAAAGCUUGCUGGAAAACCACCAAGAUACAAUUUCUGCUCUGUUCAGGUAAAAAAUUUGCAAAGUUAAAAACAAAAAAAUGCAUUUCAAUAUGGCAUAUAUGCCAAAUCCACAUGCUGUCCUUUAUCUCUCCUUGACCACUUGACCUGGCCAGUAAAAGAGAAAGAAAAAAAAUGUCAAAAAACCACAUCUGUUGCUUAUUAGUGUAUCCUGCAAUAUUUCAGUGCCUGUAUAUGUCUGUGAGUUUCCUCAUUUCCCUGUGCCAGUUCUCCUUACUAAGCUUGAAGGUAAUAAUUAUUGUGGGCAGGAAUGCAGGCUUUUGUACAAAUGUCAGUCACUCAUUCUUGUAUCUUAAAGAAAACAUUGUUAGCAUUGUUUUAUUGUAUGUUCUGCAAGAUUAAAGGUUAGUCUGUGACACUGUACUACAGACUUGUCAUAUAUUAGGAAAGAGUGACACACAUAGUACAGUUAAUUCCCAACCUAACUUCAAGGGGAGAGGAGAGGAGAUUUUUCAUGAAAUACCAAAGAUACAUAUGACUCAUGUACUGGCUCUAGUUCUUAUUUGUGUGUUUAUUUCCUUUUUUAGUUGUCAUGCUUUGUCAGACAAAUUACUCUUGCUUUUAUACAGUAGUAUACUCUCCCUCUAAUACCAACAAUUCUUAGAAGAAAAGAUGCUUAAAUUCUAACUUACUGCUUUAGCUAGGCAACAGAAAUUUUUGAAGUUAUAACUAUCCAGAAGAAAAUGGUAAAUUCCAGGAACCCCCAUGGCUAUAUCACUGUACUACCUCAGAGUUAAUGUCUUUUGGUCCUUUGUUGCAUAUUAACACAAAAGAAAUGUGUUGCUUGAAAAGAUAUCAGUGAGUUAGUAUAGCUAAAGAUAUAGGAAUCCUCGCAAAAGAGAACUCUGGUGAGAGCUCACAUUGCCAGGGAAGUGUUGCAUAUAUACUACAAAUUACGGGAGAGAUGGAGUGGCACUUCACCAUGUUGAGAAAUUAAGAAGUCUCAUAUACUGAGGGUGGUCUUUAGGAUUCUGUAGGGAAGCAAAUUGUUCAAGAAAGCACACCUUGAACUUAAGGGGGAGUUCAGAUAGUAUUUUGUUAUAUUGUGCCAGGGAAAGAAAUUUGGAUGCACUGUGUUUCAGAAAUCCUUUAACUUGUCUUCAGCUUUUUUGCAUUUUUGGUGUAAUUAUAAGAAAGAAAUUUCAGUAUGUAGGCAUCUCUCACAGCCAACCUCAUUCUUCUCUGUCAGUUCUGACAUUUAACAAACUGGUAACUUAUAGUUCAUGUAGCAUAGGUCACAUAAGCUAUAUAAUUACCUUGGUGCCUUCUGUUUUCUAGAAAUACUAAGUGAUAAAGAAAAGAGUUUAAAAGGGUUUGAUUAGCCUCCCCCUCCCCAUACACACACACACACACACACACACACACACACACACACACACACACACAAAGUCAUCUAAAAUUAGCCUGUUGACCUCUAAGUUUGGAGACUAGACUACUUGAUGGCCAUUUAAAUUUGGAAAUUAGGGAGUCGGGCUAUAGCGCAGCGGGUUAAGCACAGGUGGAGCAAAGCACAAGGACUGGCAUAAGGAUCCCAGUUCGAACCCUGGCUCCCCACCUGCAGGGGAGUCGCUUCACAGGCGGUGAAGCAGGUCUGCAGACGUCUAUCUUUCUCUCCUCCUCUCUGUCUUCCCCUCCUCUCUCCAUUUCUCUCUGUUCUAUCCAACAACGACAACAACAAUAAUAACUACAACAAUAAAACAACAAGGGCAACAAAAAGGAAUAAAUAAAUAAAAUAAA